AUGUCCCCAUCAACCCCGAAGCUAUUCACUCCGCUGACGCUUGGCGGCAAGAAGAACCCCGUGCAGUUGCAGCACCGCGUGGUCAUGGCGCCGCUCACUCGCCUGCGCACGGGGGAGGAGGGUGUGCCCAAGGAUCUCGUGGCCGAAUACUACGCGCAGCGCAGCACCCCCGGCGGCCUGAUCAUCGCAGAAGCCACCAACAUCAGCCCCACCGCGCGCGGCUACUUCGGCGCUCCGGGAUUGUUCACUGCUGAGCAGGUCGAGGGCUGGAAGAAGGUGACGCGCGCGGUGCACGCCAAAGGCGGCAAGAUCUUCGUGCAGCUCUGGCACACGGGGCGCGUGGGUCACCCGUUGAACCAGCCGAACGAAGAGCUUCCCGUGUCGUCGUCUGCUGUCGGACUGGGCGACAUCAAGACGUCGGCCGUCACGCGAGAGGGGAGACGCAAGUACGUCACGCCCCGCGCGCUGGAGACCCACGAGAUCCCGGGCGUCGUCGCCGACUACAAGCGCGCAGCCGAGAAUGCGAUUGCCGCGGGAUUUGACGGCGUCGAGCUGCACGGUGCAAACGGGUACCUGCUGGAGCAGUUCCUGUGUGACGGCGUGAACAAGCGCACCGACAGAUACGGCGGCAGCAUUGAGAACCGGGCCAGGUUGAUGCUCGAGGCGCUGGACGCCGUGCUGUCGAGUCUGGACUCGAGCCAGGUGGCCAUCCGCUUGUCGCCGUUUGGCGUCACCUUUGGCUGCACGGACUCGACGCCCGAGGAGACGUACGGCUACGUCCUGGAGAAGCUCAGCGGGCGGGACUUGGCCUACGUGCACAUCGUGGAGCCUCGCGGUUUCCACUUUAGAGGGCCGCGCGUGCCCAAGGACGGCACAACGCCGUUCUGCCGCCCGCGCUACAACGGCGUGCUCAUGACGUCGUCUGGAUUCGACCGCGCGGAGAGCAUUAAGGUGACGGAGAGCGGCGCCGCAGACUGCGUGGCAUACGGCCGGCCCUUCAUCUCCAACCCGGACUUUGUGCGCCGUCUUGAAGUCGGCGCGCCGUGGAACCCCUGGGACCGCAAAACGUUCUACAUGCCUGCGAGCGGACCGCUCUCGCUCGGAUACACAGACUACCCGACGCUGGAGAACAAGUCCUCGCUGUAG